UCGCGGGAGCUGCGGAGCCGGCCUGCCCGCACCGCUGGGGUUCUCGGCGACUCCGGGCGCUUGCGCAGGCGCGGUGGGCCGCUAGGAGGGGGCGACAAAGCCGGCGAGUGAGCGGAGCGCUGUCCUGUCGCGGGUUCUGAGCGCUAUGAAACCCGGAGAGGAGCGGCCCGUGGAGGGCGGCGUCUGCGCCGUUGUGUCCGAGCUGGAGCUGCUGAAGCUGCGCGCCGCGGAGCGCAUCGACGAGGCGGCCGAGCGCCUGGGGGCCCUGAGCCGCGCCAUCUGGAGCGAGCCCGAGCUGGCCUACGAGGAGCACCGUGCCCACCGCGCGCUGACGUGCUUCUUCGAGCGCGAGCCCCCGGCCGCCUCGUGGGCGGUGCAGGCGCACUACCAGCUGGCCACGGCCUUCCGCGCCGAGUGGGAGCCGCCGGGGGCCGGGGCGGCGUCGCGCCCGCUGCACCUGGGCUUCCUCUGCGAGUACGACGCGCUGCCCGGCAUCGGGCACGCCUGCGGCCACAAUCUGAUCGCCGAGGUCGGGGCGGCGGCCGCGCUGGGCGUGAAGGGGGCUUUGGAGGGCCUCCGCGGGCCGCCUCCGCCGGUGAAGGUAGUUGUCCUGGGAACCCCUGCAGAAGAAGAUGGUGGUGGCAAAAUUGAUUUAAUUGAAGCAGGGGCUUUUAAAAAUCUUGAUGUUGUUUUUAUGGCCCAUCCAUCCCAAGAGAAUGCUGCUUACCUACCUGAUGCGGCUGAGCAUGAUGUGACUGUGAAAUACUAUGGAAAAGCGUCUCAUGCUGCUGCUUAUCCCUGGGAAGGAGUGAAUGCAUUGGAUGCUGCUGUUCUCGCCUACAACAAUCUGUCUGUGUUAAGACAGCAACUGAAACCAACCUGGAGAGCUCACGGUAUAAUAAAAAAUGGUGGUGUAAAACCUAAUAUCAUUCCCUCUUAUUCGGAAUUAAUCUAUUACUUCCGUGCACCCUCAAUGAAAGAACUUCGAGUUUUGACCAAAAAGGCAGAAGAGUGCUUCAGAGCUGCAGCGUUGGCCACCGGGUGCACGGUAGAAAUUAAAGGUGGAACACAUGAUUAUUACAAUGUUCUUCCCAAUAAGAGUCUAUGGAAAGCUUAUGUUGAAAAUGGAAAAAAGCUGGGAAUAGAAUUCAUUUCAGAAGAUGCAAUGUUGAAAGGCCCUUCAGGAUCUACUGAUUUCGGAAAUGUUUCUUUUGUGGUUCCUGGGAUUCAUCCAUAUUUUUACAUUGGAUCUAAUGCCUUGAAUCAUACAGAACAAUAUACUGAAGCUGCAGGAUCACAAGAAGCUCAGUUCUACACUUUGCGUACCGCCAAAGCUCUGGCAAUGACUGCACUAGAUGUUAUUUUUAAACCAGAAUUGCUAGAAAGAAUUAGAGAGGACUUUAAAUUGAAACUUCAAGAAGAAGAGUUCUUCAAUACAGUAGAAUAAAAAGAAGAUGUAGGAACCACUAAUGGAUCGUUAAGAAGAAGUGAUGGUUUUUUUCUUUAAUCUUUUUUAACGAAGGAGGAGGACAUGCUUGUUUUUCAGUCUUAAAGAAGUCAAAUUCUUCUGACCUGAAAAGUGAGGAUGUGAUGUGGAGAAAACACGUUACCUCAUGUCUAAAAUGAAAAUUUUCACAAGUCUGUAUUUGAUGGAAUCCUAAUCUUUCAGGAGCUCGUAUGUGAUGACAUUUCUUAAACAACCUGGGUGAUACAUGGUUUAUCAGUGAUGAUACUUUAUAAAUUCAUAUGUUGUAUAAGUGUAUUUUAACAGAUCCAAGACAUUUCAAACCUUAUAUUCAGAAUUGACAUAUGAGAGAUUUUUUUGGUAUAGGGUGGUAAAAUUGUUCUAUAAAGUACUUUUAAAAUUUAAGUUCAUUUUGGAUAUCUGACUAUAUCUGUUUUGGUUUAGAGAAUCUCUUGAUUGAUAAUAAAAGUAGGUUUUUAAUCAGAAAUGCUGUGGGAAACAACUAGAAACUCAGGUCCAAAGAAUACACUUAGUUUUACCAUUUGAAGGAAAAUGAAAAUGUUCUUUUUUUAUAUAAUUAACUCUGAGAAGUGGCAUUAAAGUGCUAUUCCUAAUUCCACAUUAGCGUAAUAGGAAAAAUUACAGAUGGAUGGGAUUCGACUCUUCCUGUAAGGUGUGUGCUUGGUAGCACAGUGUUCUAGACUUAACAAGAGAGGACGAUGCCUGCUUUCUCGAAUGUUAAUGUCAUGUAACUGGUCCCCUCUACCUAGCAGCCCUGUUUAGGUUUCUACCCAGAAGCCAGCCUGUCCAGCCUGUCUGGACAAUAGUGUAGUUUACCGAGUGUAGGGGACAGAGUUCUAAGCUUCCUUAAGCCCUGUGCUAGCCCAAUGUUAACUUAAAAGUAUUGUAAGUUUUUCUUGCUUCUUAUUUUAGUGUGAAUUUCUUGAACAUGAUAAAAGAAUGUAAAAAAAGUAUCUGAUAAAACAAAUACUUUAUGCUGUGAAUGUAGUAAAGCUCCAGUAUACUUUAUUGUAAAGGAAGUCCUCAAAUUUGAGUGUAAGCAUUCCAAAAAUGGAAGGGGAAGGAGAGAAAAGUGAGCGUUUGGCCUCUCUUCUGUAAGCAAUCACUUGGGCCUCUGAGCCGUCAGUCAGCUCCCCGUUUGGAAACUUAGAUUAGAUCACUUAUUCCUGUAGUCCUUUGAAUUCUAAUUCCCAGUCUAUCUGAAAUUAUUUAAAGUUGAAAGAACAAGAUGGGUGUUAUUUUAGGAGAGUUAGAAUGAGAAUUGCUCCUCUUCUAUAUCAGGGGUCUGUGUGCGGCCGAAUUUGGCAAGCAGCCUGAUUUUGUAUGGAUAGUGAGCUAAAAGUGAUCUUUUUAAAGGGUUGUAGGAAAAAAAAUCAGAAACCAGAUCAUGUGAUCUGCAAAACCUAAAAUAUUUACUGGCUGGCCUUGUAUAAAGAAAAGUUUGAAUCCAGGCCUGAUGGCCUAGUGGUUAAAGUUCAGCACUCUCGCAGCUUCAGUGGCCCGGGUUCAUUUCCCGGUCGUGGAACCACACCACCCAUCUGUCAGUAGCCAUGCUGUGGUGGCAGCUCACAUAGAAGAACUAGGACUUAUGACUAGACUGUACAACCAUGCACUGGGCUUUUGGGGAGGAAAAGAGAAAAAAGUUCACCAGCCCCUGUUCUGUAUAACAGUAAAAUAAACCUGUUUCUCUGAUAUUCUUCGUAUAAUCACAUCUUCUCCUAGGAUAAAACUUCAAGCCUCUGCAUUGAAAACAUUGAGAAAGGGAUUUAGCUGGCACUGUCCUGGUAUUGACCGUUGUGAUCAGAUGUGGUUUGUCCUUAUUGGGAGUUUUGGCGCUGUACAAGUUUGUUUUCCGUUAGCAUUUACUUCCCUCUGGAAUACAGCUACCCUGAUGCCUUAGUCUGUCCCUGGUGCCAGCCAGUCUUCUAACUCUCCUCAGCUUUUAGAACUUGAUCCUCUCUGACACCGUGUGUCUGAUUAUUGAUAAUCUCAGAUAGUCGUGGUUGGUAAUAUUUUACAAACAGGAGAGGAAUCAGCAAAGACUUCAGGCUGAGAACUGCAUAUGUCUGAGACCUCUGGUUCGUACAAAUUGAAUUAGUUUCCUAAUUUUCAGUUUAAUAAAUUACUGAACUAUGAGCUUUAAAUUCCUCAUGUAAAUUCUGCACUCAAAGUAACUUUAUUUUCUAAAGCUUUGAUAAAAUUCUAGAACAGCAAUUGUUAACUGGCAUCCUCACACACUAAUAUUCUCUGUCUUCUGUAAUGUGUCCCAAGUUAGUUGUUACUCAUACAGAGUAUUUGUAUUUUGCUUGUGAUUAAUUUACUUUUAUAAAAAACGAACUAGAGACCAUGUCAGGUUAGCAUCCUAUUGUUACUGAUUCGCUUGCAUUCUGAUAUGUGUUCUUGCGUGAGAGAGCAGGGUGUGGAUUCCAGCUGGCCUGCAGAGAAUGGAUAUAAUCUGCACCCAGCACCGUCUGCCCCAGCUCAGUAGGAGGAACUAAUAUUGAUGUGCCACUAAGACUCGCGUCACUUCUGAGUUUCUGUGAUACUGCCCUUUCAGUUUUUGAAAAAUUUGGUCAAAAUGUUGGUUUACCCGUUGGAAUAUGUCAUGGAUUUAUCGUGUCAGAAAAGAGAUUGAGAAAUAAUGCUCUGCAGUCUAUCUAGAAGUAUGUUUUUUUUUUCAGAUCCUACCUUGACAUUUUACAUUAUUUUACUUCAACAGUUAUUUAAUAUAAUUUAGAUUUUUUAAAAGUUGAGAUUUUUAAAAUCUUUUACUUUUUAUAUUCCAGUGAGUUAAUUGAGCCAUGUUACACUAAAAAGUGUAAAUAAAUACAUAAAUAAAUGCAGGAGUCAAGUUCUCACACCCAGAGGAACCAUCUAUAGCUAAUCUUCAUUGUAAUUCAUUGAAUUUAGGAGAUUGCUUUCUUUGUAAUUAUAGUUUUUCCUUUUGGAACUGAGUUCUUUCUUUACCCUCAUACUUCAACAGCAUGUCUCCUAAAUAAUUGUGCUAAAUUUUCAUAAACAUUUAUACUUAGCUUAAAUUACUGUUGUUGGUUGGUCCUCACAUUUUGGAUUAAAUCUCCAAAGAUUUUGAAAGAUAAACAGGGAAGCUCCAGAUAAUAGGUGAACGGUGUCACUUUUAGAUAAAGGUUAUAUUUAGUUCUUUAUACUUAAAAGAUGAGUAUUUAUUUUUAGGAGGUUGACAAGUGCAUAGGACUUCUUAAAAUUUAUAGUUUUGUAUCUUGUUUUAGAAGGGGGCGACUAAGUUUUUCUCCCAGAAUUAGUUUAAAGGAUGACGCUUUAUCAUCACUAAGAUUCAGUGAUUGUAUGUUAUUCCUCCACUAGACUGUAUAUUCUUUGAAGCCAGCAUCUUUUCAAUAUGUUUAAUUUCCUUCAGGUAAACGACUCAUUUGAAAAGAAAAGGCCAAGAUAAGUGUAAAAAUUAAAAUUGUAUGACUUUAAAAAAUACUGAAUUAGUUUCUAACCUAAACUAGAAAUAUAAGUGGA